AGAGCCGCUGGGCGGACGUAAACAAGUCAGGCGAGUAGCUGCCAUCCGCCUGGCAACCGCUGGGCGCAGAGAAAAGCAGCCGGGCACGCGCGAGAGUGCCUGGCCAGAAAGAGUGCGAGCGCCCAGCGAUCCUGUGAGCCGCCUCUGGCUUCCAGUGAGGGAUUUGUCCUUCCAAGUGCAAGUGAAGAGCAGAUCAGAGGCCGGCGGCGAGAAAGUUGGAGGAUUUUGGCAUCCACGCAGCUGCUGAGCUAAAGGUGAGCCCCACACAUCGCCGAAGAAGAUGCCAGCACCCAUACCAGAACCAAAGCCUGGAGACCUGAUUGAGAUUUUCCGUCCUGUGUACAGACACUGGGCCAUCUAUGUCGGUGAUGGAUAUGUGAUCCACCUGGCUCCCCCAAGUGAAUUUGCAGGAGCCGGGGCAGCCAGCAUCAUGUCUGUUUUGACCGACAAGGCCAUAGUGAAGAAAGAACUGCUGUGCGACGUGGCCGGGAGGGACAAGUACCAGGUCAAUAACAAACACGACAGCGAAUACACCCCACUGCCUCUAAACAAGAUCAUCCAGCGGGCCGAGGAGCUGGUGGGGCAGGAGGUGCUCUACAAGCUGACCAGUGAGAACUGUGAGCACUUUGUGAAUGAACUACGCUAUGGAGUUGCCCGCAGUGACCAGGUCAGAGAAGCUACCAAGAUCAUAGGCAUUACCGGAGUGGGCCUGGCAGCCGUGGGCCUCGUUGGAGUCAUGCUCUCCAGAAACAAGAAACAGAAGCAAUGAGUUGAAUGAGCACCCAGCCUUAGGGGCUCUUCUUUUGCUAGAAGGUUUGAAGUUUGGCCCCUAGAUUCUACUGUUUUAUAAUUAGGCUUAUUUUCACAGCACACAAUAAAGCACAAGAAGGGAAUUUUACUGGCUGGAUGCUGCAGUAGUUACUUGAUGUGAAGUCUCUGAAGGGAAGCUCUCGACUCUGCUCUGGGCAACACCCUUUCCUGCUGGUUCUUUCUCUUCGCUGUGGCACCCUUUGCACCGCAGAAAACAGAGUCCAACACUGUUAACUGAAGGGCAUUUCUGUGGUAUGCCAGAUACUGCAGUAUGCCAGAGGAGACAGUCUGGAUAUGCAGAAAUGGGAACUUCAGAUAACCAGGGCUCCAGUGGCCUAGAACUUGAUCCACCAUGGCACCCUGAGACUCAGGAGCUGGAGUCUAUGGAUAUUCAAUGGAGUGUGAAAGACAAAUCCUCCAGGUCUGGGACUGUAGCUCAGUGGAAAGAGUGUUGCCCUAGGAUGUAUCAAGUUUUAGGUUCAGUCCCUAGUACAACCCCUUUCCACAGAGAAAUUCAGGAUAUAUUUGGCUGCUCUUCCUAAAGCUUUCCAAGGUCUGUUCUAGUUAGGUGUCUAUUGCUGUGAUAAAGACCAGAAAUAAACUCGGGGAGGAAAGUGU